GUUCAUCAUUGUAAACGUAGCACGAAACAGUUCUACAUGCUUCCAAAAACUACCGAUCGACCAAUCGUUGUUUUGUGUUGCGUGGUUUAGGCGAUAUCUUAUCACUUGCAUUCAAUUCAACGUAUGAAUGAGUGUUCAAUUUUUUCACUAGGAACUCUAUUAUUAAACCAAUAGUGAUUCAUUACGGUCUACGGUUUGGUGGAGAACGCUGACGAUUUUUAUUUUGUGUUACUUAAUUCAAAAGUGAGCGUGUUUUAGAUGUGAACGGAAAAUUUCAGCUGAAGAACUUUCAAAAUGAAAAUGUCGCUCCCAGUGGCUUACACCCGGCUGAAUGCUGAUCAGCAAAACCACAAAUCGAAAAUUUCCAAACUUAUUCUACCACUGAUCGUGAUAGCUUUUGUUCUAUUCUGUGGGAUUGGCUUUCUCACUACCAGUAGGAGACCUGGAAUUUACCAGUAUCAACCUAUGCGCUACCAAUACAAAUCAGAACCGCUCAAUCAAUCCAGACUGAUGAUGGAACUAAGAUCUCUUCUCAACUGCCAUUCCGUAGACGACAGCUUUCGAAUCGAGAUGCGGGGUAAUUACUGGGUGCUGGUGAAUUUUCUUACCCCUAGUGGGGUGACCCUUAAUGGAGAGCGAUACCGGCGGGAACCGGUCAAGUGCUACGAAACCAUAACCUACACCACGCAUGGCGACUACAGCUUCCUGGACAAUAUCAUACCACUGCUGGAACGAUGGGAAGCUCCACUUAGCUUGGCACUGUAUGCUCCGGGGGAUGAGGUUAAGGCCGCCAUCGACGCUCUCCGCUGGUUGAUGUUCUGCCAUCGGCAGUCCUAUCUGGUGGAGGAAUGGGUUUCGGUUCAUCUUUAUUUCGACACCGCUCGGAUGCCGUCGAAGCCGAUCCAGUUCUAUCGAGAUCUACUUUCCCAGCCUCCACCCUAUUGUGCGGACACUUUCCAAGAUUUGGUUGUGCUUCCCAACUCCAUACCCAACCGAACAGCCGAUCACAUCUACCCGGUGAAUGUGGGUCGCAACAUCGCCCGGGACGCAGCGCAAACGCAUUUCGUACUGGCGAGUGAUAUCGAGCUUUACCCGAACCCGGGUUUCAUAGAUAUGUUUUUCCGCAUGAUCGCCCAUCCCGCGUAUCGGCACACCCUGGACGUUGCCGGCGUUUACGUACUACCAAUCUUCGAGGUGGCGGAAACAGCAUCCAUUCCCGAGAAUAAGACUGAACUGCUCGAGAUGCUUAAACGGGGCGAAGCGAUAAAGUUUCACGAGAAGAUUUGCGAAAAAUGUCACACCGUACCCGGAUACGAGCACUGGCUGAAGAUAACCAAGGAGGACGCCACAAUGGACAUUGCGAACACUGCGAUCCGGGAGGGUCCGUUCGCACUGUGGGAACCGAUUUUCGUUAGCACGAAACGUGAACCGCACUAUGAUGAACGUUUGAGUUGGGAAGGGAAGUUCGACAAAAUGAGUCAGGGCUACGUUAUGUGUGUUUUAGGCUACAACUUUCAUGUGCUGGAUAAUGGCUUUUUGGUGCAUAAACCUGACAUAAAAAGUGUAAGCGAAGCUGCCCGGCCAGAGUUGGAACGGAAACAGCGGAAGUUCGUGGAGGAUGUCAUUUUGGAAGAGCUUAAGAUUUUGUAUGGUGAAAGUGAUCGGUGUGAAUUAUGAUUAAAAGAAAAUACAAAGUGUCUGAGUAUGUGUAAGUUCUAAAGAAACCUAAAC